UGGAAAGGAUACUUCCACUUUACCAGCAAGGCACAGCUCAUCCUUUUUUGAACCUUCCUGUGAAGUUUCGCCAUUGUCAGCCAAGCUUCCUGAAUAUGGCUAAUUCAUGGAAUAGCAAUACCACAAAUGAUUCUCUGUCAAACACGGAAGAAAUUCAACCUGGAAUGCAAGCCUUGCUGGUCUCCAUGUACACUGUGGCACUGAUAGGAGGGACUACAGGAAUUGUCUUCAUGAGCUUAAUCUUGAAGCACCAACACGAUAAUCUGUCAAUCACCAACAUUUCAAUUCUGAACCUGGUGGUGGCCCAUGGCCUUUUCCUGCUCACCCUGCCAUUCCGCAUUGACUACUACAUCACCAACUACUGGCGUUAUUGUUUCAGUUUUUGCAAGCUUGUCAGCAUUGCUGCCCAUACCCAUCUGUACCUAACCUUCUUCUUUUAUAUAUCAAUUCUGGUGGUGCGUUUUCUCCCCAGCUUUGGAUGGAAACCAAUGCAUUUCCAGUAUCCACUCAUAGCCUUUUUAUUCAGUGCAACAAUUUGGAUCCUCUUCAUGGUCGGCUUCUUCACGCCUCUGUGGAUUAAAUAUGGAAAGUUAAAUAUCUACAAUGAGACAAAGUGUUUUAAGUUCCACACAGAGAUCAAAGACCAUGUGGUGACCAUCAACAUCAUGAUAGCUGCAAUUGUACUGGCUGUUGCUUGCACAACUUUAACAAUCCAGUGUUUCAUACUGCUCAAGAUGGUUCGGGCCAACCACUGCAAUCUCCUCUCCCAGCAGGAGUUCCGAGCCCAGCUGAAGAACUUUUGGUUCAUCUCCAUCAUGGUCAUCUGCUUCCUGCCCUAUCACAUUUUCCGUAUAUAUUAUGUAUUGAACGACACAAAAAACCAACAAUUGCUGAAAUAUAAUGAGACUUUUCUGGCUAUUUCAGCAUUGUGCUGUUUGGAUCUACUAACGUUCAUUGCCGUUAAUAAAUGAGCUACACACUUAAUGUGAGUCCUAACCUGUGGCAGUUUUAUUUUGGAGGAAUAAUGAACAAAAAACUCAAGUAAAUAAGCAUAAUCAACAAGACUGAAGUUGUAUUGUUGACAAAGUAUGGAAAAUAAAGUUUGG